CUUAAAAAUCAAUGUGCACGAAGAAGGCACCCGUCUUCCGUUUUCAACUCGAAAAGAAAACACUGAUCAACAAAAAGGAAGCCAUUAUUUCGAUUCAAUUGUUUACGUUGUUGUAUAGAUUAUAAAGAACUGGACAAAGGGUGCUCUACGGCCCUAGGACAAGGCUGCUGUUAGAAAGUAGUGGCCUACCUUCCUUGCUCAUUUUCACAAGGAGUAGGCCCUCCAUUGAGGAUGACAAUGGAAGAGAUGAAGAAUGAAGCUGAGACGAACUCAAUGGUCUCCAUGACAUUAUAUGCAGUCAUGUACCCAGUUUUCAAUGAGUUGGAGAGGAUAAAUUUGUCAGCAGCACAGACACUGAGGGCAGCAUUCAUUAAGGCAGAAAAAGAGAACCCAGGACUCACUCAGGACAUCAUAAUGAAGAUCUUAGAGAAGAAAAAUGUGGAAAUCAACUUUACAGAGUCUUUGCUUCGCAUGGCUGCAGAUGAUGUGGAAGAAUAUAUGAUUGAAAGGCAGGAGCAGGAGUUCAAGGACCUGAACGAGAAGGCAAGGGCGCUGAAACAGAUCCUUAGCAAGAUCCCAGACGAGAUCAACGAUCGAGUGCGUUUCCUGCAGACCAUAAAAGAUAUAGCAAGUGCUAUAAAGGAGCUGCUGGAUACAGUGAAUAACGUGUUUAAGAAAUAUCAGUAUCAGAACCGUCGGGCACUUGAACACCAAAAGAAGGAGUUUGUGAAGUACUCCAAAAGCUUCAGUGACACCCUGAAAACAUACUUCAAAGAUGGAAAGGCAAUAAACGUCUUUAUCAGUGCCAACAGGCUCAUCCACCAAACUAACUUGAUACUUCAGACCUUCAAAACUGUUGCCUAGGUGGCCAGAGCCUAGAGGUGUGACAUUUAUGUGGGAUAUGGGCACCUAUAUGUAAAAUACAUUUUUUUUUUUUUUUCUUUGUUUUGUUUGUUUUUGUUUCAAAGUAUAAUUUAUAAACCUAGCCUCAAAAGAAAGAUUUGAGGUUGAGGCAUUAAAGACAAUUUAAAAUAUAUAUUAAUUUACUUUUAGCUUCCUAAUCAUAAGUUCACCACUGAAACAGCUUCACUACCUUUUACUAUCAUUCCAAUCAAAUGAAAGCCAAAAGACUUUGCGCCUUAAAUGUGUCAUGCAACAUUCCUUAUACAAAGUGUAAAUAUUGGUAUUCUGUCUGAAGUUCUGACUUGAGGAAGAGUAAGAGGUAGGAGUAAUGUAUUUAACAUAAGCUUGGUUGCAAAUGUUCAAUAAAUAGUUUCCAAAUGUUGAAAUUUUUAA